AUGGCUUCCGACCUGGGCCGCCCGCGCGGGCGUGCGCCUGCCGCCGUGGAGGAGGUUCUGCCCAAGGAGAAGAAGGAGAAGAAGGACAAGUCGGCCAAGAAGGACAAGUCGGCCAAGAAGGCCAAGAAGGCCAAGGCCGAGGAGUCGUCUGCUGGCCUGCCGGCCGCCGCGCUGGAGGCCGUGUCCAAGCACCUGGCCUCGAAGAAGGCCCGGUCCUUUGGCGAUCUGGAGAAGACCCUCUCGCGGGCCCUCGGCCCGGACAGCACCGUCUCCGCGCGGGACUUCCUGCUUGAGAACCUUGUCUUCACCGAGGGCAAGGUGUCGCUGCGCGCGACCUCCGAGUGA